UUUUAGAGCCACUUAAUGGAAACAGUCAGAAAUUUAUUCCAAAAGUUAAAAGACUCCCUCACUUCACUCGUCGAGAAAGAAAGAAGAACCAAGGUUUUUGUGUAUGGAUCGUUUAUUGUUAUUAUUAUGGGUGCAGCUACUUAUUACUUUUUCAUCCAGAAGAGACGUCAGCAGACUGUCUUCCAGAGACAGCUUAUUGAACUUAAUAAUCUAGUAUUUACGAGAAUUAACAGGAAUAAGAAUGUGUACCUGCAAUCACUAUUUCACAGUUUUAAUGAGAUUUCUGAAGAAGAAAAGAAGAAAACUCAAAAAUUACGCAAGAAGAAACUUCGUGAGAGAUGUAGACAAUCUGACCCACUUCUGCCUCCAUUUGAAGUAGGGUACUUCAUAUCAGAUAUCAGCAAUUCUCAUUAUCUUAUGUUUGAUUCUGACCCUAUUUUUAAAGGUCAAAUGCUCCUUGCAACUAAAGAUUUCAGCUAUCAAAAUUUGCUACUGUCUUCAAAAGAUAUUGAGGCUUGAUUAAGGUUUAUUGCAUCAACGUCAGGUUUCUGCCUUUACCAAAGCAACGAAAAGGUUGGCGCAAAGUUCAAUCACAAGCACAUGCACGCCUGACUCCCUGAAUCAGACCUUGACCUAAUGGAAUCUUAUACAUCAGAAAUCUCAAACCGGCGGGCAAAUUUCCAUAAAUACACAGAAGUGAUCCAUGCUAGCUGCAAAUCAUUGCCUCCAAAAUUCAGCCACAUCCUAGUCGGCUUUGAAAAGAUAACUCAAAAGCGGAAGUCAAUAGCUUUAACCAUCGACAACAUCCGUGAAAGAGCCAAAUCAAUUCACAAGCUGUAUCUUCAGACUCUGGAUAGGUUAAAAAUCCUGAAAAAUGCGUACAAAAAGUCAUACAUAGUGAUCCUGACUGAGGACUGGAUGUUAGUAGUGAAGAAAGACUCUCUGAAACAGACUGAAAGCUCAAUGUCCCAGAGCACUAGAGCCAAGUACAGGGAUAUUAGUGAAGAUAGGUUUAAUGCCUUCACGUUUUGAGGAGUAAGGAGUAAACAGUAGACUAAGA